AUGAACCCAUUAAUUAUCAUCUUUAUUUUGUGUAUCCUUGUAUCAUCUGUUUUUGCCAAUUUGUCUUGCAACAACCAAUAUGUCUUUGUCAACGACACCAACUCAUUGCCAUCAUCUUUUUCAUUGUUUGACCAUGUUGAACAACAACAAUCAAAUAUCAACCAAAAUAAAAAUAUUUCUUUGUCUAUGAUGAUGCAGCCAUUAUCCGUUUCAUUGUCAUCUUUUGAUCAUUUUGAACAUCCAAUCAUUCUUAACAAAAACAAAAACAACAAAAACAACAUCAUCAACAAUAAUAAUAAUAACGAUAUCCAUUCAUCUAUUUCACAAACCCAAUUUGAUUCAAAUCAUAUUUUUUCUCAAUUUCUUUUAACAUCAAACCAUACUUUUAUUCCUGUCUAUAACAACAAAAAUAAUAAUAAUUUAUCUUUUAAUUCAUCAAUUUCAAUUCCUUUGUCCCAAUCCCAUUUCCAGUUACCAUUAAAUCACUCAACCAACAACCAUAUUAUUUUUUAUGACGACAAAGAGGAGGAGGAAGAAGAAGAGUAUGUUCAAUUGAACAGUAACAGCAGCAACACCACAAUCUCAUGUUUCAACCAUGUUGAACAUCAAUUCAUUUCCAUCAACUAUCCAUUACCAAUUAGUAGUUUUCCAUCGUUUUCACACAAUAUUCACUUUAACUCAAGCCAUGUUUUGUUUAUCUCAAAUCAUUCAACAACCAAAAACCAUAUUAUUUUAGAGGAGGAGGACUUCAACAACAGUCCAAUUUCAAUCUCGUGUUUCAAUGUUAUCCAUCAAUCAAAUCUCAUCUUAGAGGAUGAGGAGGAGGAGGAGUUUGUUCAAUUGAACAACAGCAGCAAAAGCACACAUUCAUUAACAUGUUUAGACAAUGUUAAACAUCAAUCAAUUCCAAUUAACAAUCAAUCAAAUAAUAAUAACUAUUUUUCAUUAAUUCAUUCAUCAUCAUUGAUUUCACCUAUUCCAUUUUCAAACACUUCCACAUCAUCAUCAUCAUCAUCAACAUUAUAUUUAUUAUCAAAUACAAUUAAUUCAACAAGAUCAAAGACAAGCCCAUUUUCAAGAUACUCCAGCAACAUCUCAAGAAUAGAAAACAACAACGCUGAUACCAACAAUUAUUUUGAUUCUCUCAACUGUUUCGGAACCAAUCAUUCAAAUAAUACAACAAUACAACGACAAUCAUCAUCAUCACCAAUCAAUCAUGAUACAAUCCUCAACACAAUCCACAUUCAAAAAUCAACUCCACCAUCUUCAAACAAUAAUAAUAAUAAUAACAUCAAAAAUAAUACCAAUGAAUCAGCCUCACUUAUUCACUCAUUAAACAUAAGAGGAGGAGCAGAAGGAGGUGUCAUUUCAAUUGAACACCAACAACAACAACAACAACACAAUAACAAUCUCAUUGUCCAACCAUGUUGA